ACCAGUGGACGAUACCCUUGAAGCGUUGCUAACAUGCUGCUGUAACACGUUACUUUAUGAACUUUUUAGACUGCUGUAAAAUAUCUAUGGUGUUAAUUAGUAUUUUUAUCCGAAGUGCUGUAUCUGGUUAGAAUGCUACUUUUGUUCACGUUAAGUUCUUAAAGUUGCUUUUUGGUACACCAAACAUUGCUCGUCCCCGAGCUCCCAAUUUCGGGGAAAAUUUGGCACAUUUUGGGGAAAUGGCACAAAAACCCCGAAAUUUCCCCAGACCUGGGGAAGGCUAUUUCACUUUGGGGAUUUCCCCAAAAUUGCCCGAAAUUUCACCAAAGUUGGGAGCUUGAGAAUCUCCCUAUUUCGGGGGAAUGUUGGGGAAAUCCCCAGAAUUUCGUGCCACUUCUCCAGAAUUUUUCAUAGCGGCUUCCCAAAAAUGAACAAAAUUUUCCGCAAAACAGGCAGCUUAGGGUAUUAAUGGUUCUCAUUGUUGGUUAGAACCAACAAUAUAAUCAACAACUAUAUAUGGGAUCUUGAGGAAACGUGAUAAAGAAAUGUUUGCUAUUUUCCAUAGACCAAUGACACAAUCAUCCGCAUCUAUAAGUUUGCCAACACUAACGUCAGUUGACAUUAGGACUGCAAUCAAAAGUGUUCUGAAACGAGACUUGACAUCAUGAGGGGAAGCCGUUGAACUUCUGCAGAAAGUUAGUUUAUGUAUUUCAUAAUACUCAUAGUUAACUUUCACACAUUAUAUAGUAGGGAAGUGCAAAUAAGUAGAGAUAAACCAGAAGUACGUUACCAUUGGGUAGUGAUGUGUUAAAAGACACUACUUGUAUCUAACCCAUUUCAGUUGUCAGAAACGGAUCCCUACUACUUUAGUUUCUGUAUGAGUGUAUGUGACUGUGAUGAAAAUGGAGCCGAGUUUCAGUCUGUUCUGCUGACUUUUUUGUCUUCAUUGAACAGUCAUUGAAAUGAAUAUCGGAGCGACAUUCUGAGUCACUUAUCUAAUAUAAUAUUUAGUUGAUCAAUGGGUUAACUUCGUGGUGUAUUUUAUUCAAUUUUUCAGGUUCUGAAUAGCUUGUGUGAUGAAUAAUUAUUCGAGUAGAUGGUUUCAAGCAAGCUGAAUGUGUUUUGUGAGUGUCAUAUCCAUAUAGUAUUAGGAUAUUCAUGGUGAUAACUAUAUAUGCGUUUGUUAAAUAUGCUGUUUUUCUUAUGCUCUCGCGUGUACACUUGUGUGAAACACUUGUUUUGUACUGUCAUUUCUACAAAUAAAAAUUAAAUACCAACAUCGUUUUUAUUCUUUGUAAGGACCAGUUUACUUUAUUUAUUGUUUUUCGGAUUAGUUUUCUCGACCUUUACUCCGAACGGCUGCUGAUAAUCAUUCCCGAUGUUUUGCAUCUACUCGUUCUGAGAAGCCUUUUUUUAUUACAUGUCCAAUAUUUUACGUCAAUGCAAAACCUCAUUUGGGUCAUGCAUAUACCACAUGUUUAGCUGACGCUUGGGCAAGAUAUAGUUGUUUGCGUAAUCAGUCAAUACUGAAACCUUUCCAACAAGAUUAUAUUGCAUUCACUUACUCUCCUGUGUUUGAUUACUGCAAUCUCAAUAAAACGUUUUUGUCUUGUGGGACUGAUGAACAUGGAUCUAAAGUUCGCCGGGCUGCAACUGUCAAUAAUCUUAAUCCAUUGCAGUAUUGUGAUCGAAUGAGUCCUUUGUUUGAGGUAUUCAUUUUUUAACCAUUUUGAAGAUGUGUAUUCAUGUCUGUGCCUGUAUUUACCAGUGAAAACUGGUUGUGAAAUACUCUUUGUCAUGCUACUCAUGUAAAAUACAAUGAUUUCAUCCGUACUACUGAAACUAGGCAUGUUAAAGCUGUUCAUGAAUUUUGGAAGCGUUUAAACGCCAGUGGUAAUAUUUAUCGAAGCAAAUAUUCUGGUUGGUAUUGUAUUUCAGACGAAGCAUUUUAUACGCCAUGGGAAAUUGAUGAAACCAGUUCAUCAGGAGUACCUGUGUCAAAAGAAACUGGUAAUACAGUGGAAUGGAUUGAAGAAGAGAAUUACAUGUUUAAACUGUCUUCAUUUAAAAAUGAUUUACACAAAUGGCUAGAUUCAGGAGUAUUUCCUAAGUCAUCCAAUCAAUCAGUUUGGAGUGAUAUAGCACAUAAUAUGGUGGAUACUUCUCAAGAUAUAUCUAUUUCAAGAUCAAAAAGUCGUUCAGAUUGGGGUAUACAUGUUCCUGGUGAUAAUGAACAAAUUAUUUACGUAUGGUUCGAUGCUCUGAUUAACUACUUAACAGUUGCAGGCUUCCCAUGGUCAAAUGUUAAUGAUGGUAGUUUUAAGCACUCUCUCUGGCCACCAGAUGUACAAUUUUUGGGAAAAGAUAUAAUACGAUUCCAUGCAGUUCUCUGGCCUGCUUUAUUAAUGGCUGUCAAUCUGCCGUUGCCGCGACGUCUAAUCUGUCACCAUCAUGUACUUGUGGAUAAUGUCAAGAUGUCUAAAAGUAGAGGUAAUCAAAUCGAUCCGAUCGUUGAACAGUCUGCUUUAUUGUCGGACGAAUUAAACAACAAUGUUAUAACACCUGCUGAAUCAGAUCUUCUUCGUUAUGUUUUGCUUCGCCUUCCUUUGCUAACAUUUGAUGGCACUUAUAGUCGUGAAAUGGCUCGUAAAAUGAUUAACACAGAACUUGUUAAUUGGAUUGGAAAUUUGCUUUCUCGUAUCACAUCUGAAUCUCUUAACCCUGAACAGUCUAUAAUUCAGAUUAAUCGUAAACAGGUUGAUGAUAUGUUUCACGAUGAUAAUUCGGAUAUGGAAUUUUUUGACAAUCUAGAUAAUAUCUCUCAUCAUUUUGACAAAUUUUGGUGGUAUGAAGCUCAACCUCACAGGGCUAUCGAGGAAGUUUUACGCAUUAUUCGACAAACUAAUACGUUUAUUACUCGUCACAGUCCAUGGACCGAAAAAGAAUUAUUAAGAAAGCAAUUUAUAUUAUCAGUAGUAUCUGAAUCAUUAAGAAUAUGUGCAUUACUUCUACAACCAGUUAUUCCAAAUUUAUCAAUUCGAUUGUUACAUCGACUUGGUAUAUAUUAUGAAGGAAAAAAAGAACAAAACCAAUCGAAUAUCAGUAAUCAAGCACGUGUUCUAGGUGAAAAUUCUGGAAAAUUUCUCCGUAAAAUUAAAUAGUUUCAUUAACAAUAAUAAAUUACACUUUUUUUCUAUGUAAAUUCUAAUCUUAGUGUCAAACAGUAUCCUUUAGGGGAUUGUUUGUUCCCUCAUCGUAAUGUAUAUAGACAGUGUUAUUCUGAUAUAAUAUACACUCGAUUUUUGUAUGAAAAA